CUUCAACCCUCGCUUCCAUCGCCCUUCAUGUCGAUCAUUUCGCCUCCAUGGGACUUUGGUGCUUUCCCGUCUUAAUGUGCAUCUGACUAUCCACCGUUUUCUUUCAAAUUCCCAUCCAGGGUCCUGCUUCCAGCAGGGUCGACCUGUGUUCUGUCUUCAAGACGCUCCGUUUGCCCCUCGGCUUUGGCCACACGAUCGGCGGCAUCGGGCGGACGCUGCCUAACCAUCCCUUGUGGGAGACAACCUCGCCGAGGUCAUCGUGAAGGAGAUGAACGCUGUGUCCCCGAUGAUGUCCCCAAUGUCGUGCUAGGCGGGACGUUUGUUCAAGGCGCAGAAAACUCGAGAUCCUGUUGGGGGAACUCGACAGAAUGUCCAUCCCUGGCAUGUCGCGCCCAGGCACAAGUCUGAAUAUCGCCCAACAACUCCGCAAGUCUACUCAAUUGGCUUUAGAAGAUUCUGGCCGGGGUCUCGACAAAAAACAAUCGGGCAACAACUACACAGCAAAGGUAAAAAUUGGCCACAAGUACAACAUUAUCGGUUUCAUUAGCAGCGGCACAUAUGGUCGAGUAUACAAGGCUGUGGAGAAGAACCCCAAAGGUGAUCCCACCAGUCCUGUAGGAGCAUCUCCGCCGAAGGAAUUAUAUGCUAUCAAAAAAUUCAAACCUGAAAAAGAAGGAGACAAUGUGCAGUAUACGGGGUUGUCUCAAUCCGCCAUUCGCGAGAUGUCAUUGUGCACCGAGUUGUCCCACCCAAACCUGGUUCACCUGGCCGAGAUCAUCUUAGAGGAUAAGUGUGUCUUUAUGGUCUUUGAAUAUUGCGAGCAUGACCUGCUCCAAAUCAUCCACCACCACACUCAGCCGACCCGGCGGCCGAUCCCUGCCACCAUGAUCAAGUCGAUCCUGUUUCAACUUCUCAACGGCUUGUAUUAUCUUCACCAGAACUGGGUGAUCCACCGCGACUUGAAGCCGGCCAACAUCAUGGUCACCAGCUCUGGACAUGUGCGCAUCGGAGAUUUGGGACUUGCCCGACUCUUCCAUAAGCCCCUGUCAUCACUGUACUCGGGGGAUAAGGUCGUGGUUACUAUCUGGUACCGUAGCCCCGACCUCCUGCUGGGUGCACGUCAUUACACGCCAUCUAUCGACUUAUGGGCUGUUGGCUGCAUCUUCGCCGAACUUCUCAGUCUCAGGCCAAUUUUUAAGGGAGAAGAAACAAAGAUGGAUAGCAAGAAGACGGUGCCGUUUCAGAGAAAUCAGAUGGGCAAGAUUGUGGAAAUCUUGGGGAUGCCGCGACGAGAAAACUGGAAGGGAUUGGUGGACAUGCCGGAAUACCCUCAAUUGCAGUCACUGAUCGUUUCCCGUGGUGGUAUGCCAGGAAGUCUUUAUCCAAACCCUGCUACAUCUCUCAGUCGUGGAUCUGGCGGUAACAAUGGGAGCGGUCUGGAGGCGUGGUAUAACAAUUGCAUCCGGCAUGCCAGCUACGCCCCGGAAAAGUCUCCCGGGCAACGCGGGUUCCAGCUGUUGUCAGAACUGUUCGAGUACGAUCCCGACCUACGAUUAACGGCGGAGCAGGCUCUCCAUCACGAAUACUUUAGAAACACUGACGACGGGCCGAACAAGGGCAAGAUCUGGGUCAGCAACAACUGCUUCGAAGGACUGAACGAAGUAUAUCCGCACAGGAGAGUGAGCACCGAAACGAACGAUAUUGGGACAGGCAGCUUGCCAGGGACGAAAAGAGGGGGAUUGCCAGAUGACUCGCUUCUCCCGACGUCAAAGAGGAGAUAGCGACUCCACGAACUCAGGAAGAAUACACGAUCGUCGAUAACCCUCAAUCAGCAUGUUAGCCACCAACCAAGAUCUAUUCCCGGCUGGGAGAGUACCCGCUCGAGACGCGCCGAUACACCACAUCCCUCCAGCAGUCGGCCACCGCGGUGGAAAGCGUUUCAGCUGGCAUUGGAGCGCGAAUUGGCAAUAUUGGCCAACGAAGAAUUGCAGGGGGGAUGAAGUGUUCCUCGGCUUGCGGCGACAAGAAGACUUGGACAUUCUACGAUGAGUGGAGAUGAGAUAUCAUGCACCAUUUGUGGCUGACUCGGAAGUCGUGGGAAGGAUGGACGACUCAGUUGUGUACCUCAGAACCAAGAGUCACGUUGGCUGCAUAUUGGCCAAGGGAGGAGGGACGGGACAGACUGCGUCUCAGAUCGAUUGCUAGCAUUUAGCAUUUUGUUCAGGUUCAGCAUAGGGCCAGCCAAGGGUAUUUUUUUGUUGCGAAAGAAAAUGCUUUUUGGGGGGAUUGACCAGAGCUCAUUUAUGCU